GAAAAAAAGCUCCACCAGCGGACUGUUUCAAGUUCCCCCGGCAGAAACUGUGCCUGAUUUGUGGCCAGAGAGCUGGGGAUGUAAGAAAAGGGAGGAAAACACACUAAGCGGGUAGCUAUGGAGAUAGAGCGCGUUCCUGGCCGCUUCCUUUGACAGGUGUUGAGCAGGGUUAAAAGUCUUCAAACAAAGUCCACCAUGUACGCCAAAGGGAAAGGAGCCGUUGUCCCGUCUGAUAGUCAAGCCAGAGAGAAAUUAGCUUUAUAUGUGUACGAGUACUUGCUUCACGUUGGGGCCCAGAAGUCAGCACAGACCUUCCUGUCUGAGAUCCGAUGGGAGAAGAACAUUACACUAGGGGAACCUCCUGGAUUCCUGCAUUCAUGGUGGUGUGUAUUCUGGGAUUUGUACUGCGCCGCUCCAGACCGCCGUGAGACCUGCGAGCACUCCAGCGAGGCCAAGGCUUUCCACGACUACAGUGCAGCAGCCGCCCCCAGCCCUGUAAUGGGCAACAUGCCUCCCAAUGACGGCAUGCCCGGAGGACCCAUGCCUCCCGGCUUCUUUCAGGGCCCUCCCGGCUCGCAGCAGUCACCACACGCACAGCCUCCCCCACACAAUGCCAGCAACCCCAUGAUGGGACCACACGGCCAGCCUUUCAUGUCUCCACGGUAUCCAGGUGGACCACGGCCGUCUCUUCGCAUGCCAAAUCAGCCUCCUGUAGGAGUUCCAGGGUCACAGCCACUCCUGCCAAACAGUUUGGACCCAACCAGACCACAAGGACAUCCAAACAUGGGCGGCCCAAUGAGAAUGAAUCCUCCCAGGGGGAUGGGGGGCAUGGGUCCUCAGAGCUAUGGGGGCAUGAGACCUCCUCCCAACUCUCUAGGUGGUCCAGGGAUGCCCGGCAUGAACAUGGGGCCUGGAGGACGUGGCCCCUGGCCAAACCCGAAUGCUAACUCGAUAGCAUACUCCUCCUCAUCUCCAGGCAACUAUGUGGGUCCUCCAGGAGGAGGUGGUCCACCAGGAACUCCCAUAAUGCCAAGCCCAGGAGACUCCACAAACUCCAGCGAGAACAUCUAUACGAUGAUGAACCCCAUCGGACCGGGAGGCAACAGACCCAACUUCCCCAUGGGUCCUGGUCCGGAUGGUCCGAUGGGAGGUAUGGGUGGCAUGGAACCCCAUCAUAUGAAUGGAUCAUUAGGUUCUGCUGACAUGGACGGGUUGCCAAAGAACUCCCCCAAUAACAUGGCAGGCAUGAACAACCCUCCAGGUACACCGCGAGACGACGGAGAAAUGGGGGGCAACUUCCUCAACCCAUUCCAAAGUGAAAGUUAUUCACCCAACAUGACGAUGAGUGUGUGAUUUCCUGUUUGUAUUUUUUAUUUGGGCUUUAAGUUUUGUUUAAUUUUUAAAUCCCUGGUUCCUUUUUAACCCCCGCCACCUCGCUACUCCGCCCACGACACUCGGACCUCACCACACAGCCCUCUGGGAUGCCCCGUGAGCACAGGACUCAUAUGAAGGCGGUUCAUCCCAGGAAACGGCCCCAGAGCCACAGGAAGAACUUGUUGACUGACACUUCCUGCCUCCCGGACUUCCUGUCUGGCUCAGGACACUGACGGGGCUGAACACAUGUAGGACGGCAGGUGUGUGUCACCGGUCUCCCCAUACUAUAGCAGACCACACUUCGUCUUUAUGAACUCACUCCACUUUUUAAUUGAGUUUUUUUUAUCUUGAAUGGAUGCAGUCGGAAGAUAUCUGAUACUUUAUCCUCCAUUUUAUUGUGUACAUUUGUAAUGCAAAAGGAAACUCACGCUGAUGGGUUUGGCAACUCGUUAUUCUGUGUAUGUAUUGUAUUAUUAUGAAUUGUUGAUUUUUAAUUUUUUAUUAAUAUUGUAAUGAUGGUUACUGAUUAGGUUUGUUUUUUUUCGGAAGGGACACAUCGUAUGUAAACCGUGAUUUGGAGAAAAGCACACACCCAUAAUGCACAAUAACAUGACUUGCAAUCUGU